GCAUGGGUGUGUGUGUUCAUAUGUGUGUGCAAGAUGCUAAAAUCUGGAACUGUCAAGGAAGAGGAGGGAUGAGGAUAGCUGAAGUAACAGAUCAAAAAAGAUCAAGAACAAAAGAGAGGUAUACGUGUAAGAGGAGCAGCUUGUGGGACAGUGUUAAGACAGCAGAUGCAGAGAAGAGAGUGAUAGUGGAAAGACACACAGAGGAGAGAGAGAGUGAGAGUGAGGAGGAGGAGACGAUCUGCUGAAGGAAACGGCAGCGUCGCUGAUUUUCACCAAACCCAAGCCAGCUGUCUUCUGUUGCCGUGACGAUGGGUUGCUGGCUCUCUGGACCAUGGAUGGGUGACCAAACGAUGAGUGGGCGAAGUUUAGCCCACCUGAGUCAGCGGGAUGCUCUGCGGAUCCUGGCCGCCAGUCAGCGUCCAAUCACCUUGCAAAUUAAGGGCCAAAGAGGGCGUGGCACUAAUGUAGACAGGGGAUCCUGGGAACCCCUUCCCCUCAACCUGCAUCACCUCAACCUUCCACUUCCACUGAUGGGGGCGGGGCUUAACACUUCAAGUCCCUCCUACCAAGACAGACAUUUUUACAGUCAUCUGCCUCUGUCACAAGAUCACUGUGAUGGAGGGCGGUAUAGCUACCUGUCAGGCUCCCCACAAGACACCGUGGACAUUAGCCACAAGGAUCUAGGAUUGACUGGUCGUCGACCAAAGGAACAGAAUUGCCUGAUGGGAUGUUGUAAUGCGGAUUUAGAGGAACCUACCACCUGCCAGAGCCAGACCGAUGAUGAGGACUUCAUACUGGAGAAGCCACUCGGUUUCAUGCCCCUUCACCAUGAGCUGGACAGUGGUUUGGGCUGGACUGAUGGCUCAAUCCACCAGGGUGACCUCUCUGGAUUGGAGACUGAGGAGGGAGGCCUGGAGGAUUGUCAUCAACAUGGGGCUCUUGCCCCAGGAGGGUGUGGGGGUUUUGGUGGUGGGGGCUCACCUUCCUCAGAGUCCUUCAUCUCCUCAGAGCUCAGCGAUUCAGGCUUCUACAGUGUGAGCACUGGAGAGUUCAGGCACUUCCAGAGGCUGCUGGAGAAGAGAAUGCGUUUGUACAAUGCAAGGUUGCAACAUCAGGGUGAACCAUGUGAGAGACGUGAGAGGCGUGACAGCUGUCCCAAGAGCCACCGUGAGCUGCUGGAGGCCAUACCAGAAGCACUGACAAUGCAGCCUCAGUGUCAGCGGCUGCAGCACGGGAUGGAGGAGGACGGCGGGCCUGUCUUGGAUGUCCCACCCCGCGGACUUUUCAGGGUUUCCUCAGUUCAGUUCCAUAAAGCCGACCGGCCCUGCCUGAACCGCCACAGUUCCAGCAGUGGGGCCCUCUUCAACCCCUCUCAUGCCCAUCCUGCAAUCCCAAGAAUGACUGGCCCGGUCCUCUCCACCUGCAGCACCCCAUCCAGCCAUCGGAGACCACAAGUACCCAUGCAGCAGCAGCACCUUCACCAGGGGUCAAGCUCUGUGGGGAUGCUAAGGAGAAGCCGAACACUGCACCAUCGCCCUCCUCCCCAAGAGUACCGCCGCCGGGCUAGCCACCCAGCAUCUCCUUCCUAUUGUGCAGCAACCCUGCACCACUGUGGAGGUGUCUCGCCACGUAGCGCCAUUCCACCAGGCCUCCCAGAGGAAGGUGAGAUAGUGACAGGUAUGAUGGCUCCCCACCCAGCCAGCAUUGUCUUCUCACCUCAACAACACCCAGCCCCUCUGGGAAACAUCAGAGGUGCCAAAAACCAUGAGCGAUGCUAUGACAACAACCCUAACAGCCAGAUAACUCACCAUGACUGGUGGCACUCGCAAGAAAGAGGCUUGAUGCCAGAACCAAUGAUGACAGAAAGGGACCGAGAGAUAGAAAGAGAACUGGAACAGAAAAGGCAAAUGCAAAAGGAGAAAGAGCUGGAGAGGGAGACAAAGAUUCAGGAGGAGAAGGAAAGAGAGAGGCAACAGGAGCUGGAGAGGAAUCGAGCCAGAGAGCAUCAGCAUCUCCUGGAUCACCCACCUCAAGCUGGAGAUGUAAAUGACACCUGGCCGAAACCAGCCAGCCGUCAGUCCCACGGAGCUGGGGGAGGCAGAGGCCUUUACAGCACCCUAGAAGGCCACACAGGGGUUGGAACUGCUGCUGGAUGGGAUGCAAAGAAGGGACAAAUAAAUAUGAGUUCAAGCCCUAAUCCAGGUUCUGGUCUACAGCCUAAAUUUUAUCCAAGCUCCAAACCCAACCCAAAUUCACGGAUCACGAGAAACCAGCUGCUAAGAGACCGAGCAUCUCAGCUGGCCGACGAACGCAGUGGGAUGAGCACCGAUGAGGAGACCAACACUGACAUGCUGCUGGGUCGGUACUGGAGUCGAACAGAGAGAAGGGAACAUUUCCUGCUGGCUCGUGAGCAAAGGCAGCAGCAGCUGCAGGCCAGAGGAGUGACUGUGCGAGAUGCCAUUAGCAGGGGAGGAGCCUCCAUUGGAGAUGGGGGUGCACUGGAAAACAGAGGAGUCGGACCUUUUGCAGAAGGACGAUGCAACACAGUCUUGGAACUCAGUCAAAGGAAGCUAAGUCGUCUGAGGAACAGAAAGCUGUUGGAUGACUGGACGACAGUAGAGGAGUUGCUGACUCAUGGGACCAGGAUGGAAAAUGAGGAGGACAUACUGUGUCCCAGCUCCCUGUUAACAGUUACCACUGUCUGACUGCAUGGUCACCGUAUAAAACUGUAACUCUGUGUGAGAAUGUUUGAACUUAAACUAAUAAUGCAAAAUUUGCAAAUCCACCUGUUCUGUCUUUCUUAGAGUAAGAUGAGAAAAUGGAUAUCAGCUGGUACACAUCAAGUACAGAGAAAGCUUUGGACAAAACUGGAUACAAGAAAACAAAUCCUAACAUUUUGUAAAGUUAAAAAGAAAAUCUACCAAAUACAGCAAAUGAGGGCUGCCUUUUUAAAAUAACUUCACAAAUCUCUUAGGAAAAUACAUUUAGCAGCAAAACAAUAAAUUCAAACUCACCUUAAGUUUUUGCAACAUUUGGAUCAGUAGGCUCUGGUUUUGUCAUGAGAAAGAUAAUUCACUUUUAAAAGGAAGCUAGAUAAUCUGUUUUUCCCAGCUCUCAGCUCUUGUGAUAAGCUAUGCUUAGCAUGGGCUGUACCCUGUCCUUCAUAGAUUGUUGCAAAUGAAAACCGACAUUAUCUCCUAAUUUAUCUCCUGAUUAGUUAUAAGACAAACAAACAGA